AUGAGGGAGAAGACCAGCAAGUUGCGUGAACACAUCAAGAGGGAGCGAGGAAAUCUGGAAAUGCCUAUUAGCGCAGACCAUGUCAUCGAACAAGAGAACCAUGUACAGCAUUGUCAAAGCAAGCUGCAGUACAUCAACGACAGAGUAAGGAAAGGCCUGGAGAAGGAGGAUACGUUGGAUUUAGCUAUCUGCAGAAGUAAGCUGUUACAUUACCGGUCACGCCUACAACUGAUUACUGAAAGAAACUUAACGGGAUAUGUAAGGAAACUGGAAGAAGGAGUGGAAACAUCGCUGCACAGAAUCAACGAUUUCUUCGCGGAUACAACCAUGUUGGAUGUACCUGAUGCAAAGCCCUCCGAGGAAGAUCGGCCCAUUCUUCCAGAUGAUGCAGAGAUACUGGAGCGUCUAAAAAACGCACAACUACAAUCCAGUGUAAAAUCCAAUAAUAUCAAGCAACCGAGCCAUCAACAUUUUUCGGCUGAACAGCACUUGGACCAAAUGCGGCAUAUUCAGCAACAGCAGCUGUUACUACAAAAGCAAAUAGAACUCCAGCGAAUUCAACAAGAGCAUUUGGAAAAAGAACUCAAGAUCCAGCAGCAAUUUCACAACCUAAGAUUGCAGCAGGAGAAGUCGCAUGACGAGUCAUUUUGUACGGACCAAAACAACGUUCUACUUCAACCACCAAGUAUAGAUCCAAAGAAUGUCGCUCCGGGGGCUGCACACAGAGCAGCGGCGAAAAGCCAUGGAGAUGCACACAAGCAGGCCGGAGGUAAUUCUCCGCUACCGGCACAGACAAAAGAUCCAGAUACACCAAAUAUUUUGCAGCAAUCCAAUCAACACCACGGAGAACCACUUAGAAGUCCCUGGAGGAUUCAUGCACCGAUAAGACAACCGUUAAAUAAUACAGCCAAUGAUUGUUCCCGAUAUCCUCAACCACCGGAAUCGCGACUGCCGAACAGAUCUCCUCAGAACAGAAUGCAGAAUUAUCAACCAGUUUACAAAUGGCCGUUUGAGUACGCAGGCCAAGCGAACACCAUACGUCUCGGUGAGUUCCUAAACAUGGUUACAACGUACGCUAUAACGGAAGGCGUCGACGAGACAACAUUGUUGAGAUCCAUCAAACACCUAUUAAAGGGAAGUGCGCUACAGUGGUAUACACGCUGCUACAUGCACCUUCGUGACUGGAACGAGUUCAAACUGGAGAUAAAAAGAGAAUUCCUACCACCCAACUAUUCAGAGAUCGUUAAACAGGACCUCUACCUUCGGUUCCAGGAGCCCAAUGAACCGUUUGCCAGUUUUUAUCGAGACGUAGUCGCGGCUUUUGAAAUCGUGGAACCCCCGUUACUGGAAUCCGAGAAGCUGUUCAUAUUGAAGUCCCACCUUAACGCCGAUUUCACUCCGAUUGCCACAGCCGCCAGAGUAACAUCAGUAAAAGAACUGGUAGCUGUAUGCAGAGACUUCGCGGUGUCGCGAUCAUACGGGAUGCGCAAUAGAAGCCAAGGACAACUCCGAUCAGGUUGGAGUAGAAAUGAGAACCCAACGUUUAAUCGAUCAACACGACCGAGCCCCUCCGGGCAGCAAUACGGUCGACAACAGUUAAAUACAAUAGCGCGGGACUUAAACGAGCAGAUCGAGGAGACACCGCACAGGGAAAUUCUUGAACACGAAGAAUCCAGUCAGCAACUGGCUAUUCAAUGGGAGGAGGCAUCAAUGGAAUCUGAAGAAAUCAACGCGAUCCGCAUGCAACCACCAUGGUCCAGGAACCAGGAAACUACGCGAGAAAUUCCCAACACCGAAGCUCGUGCUAGUAUGUCAACAGUCAUCACGUGCUGGCAAUGUGGAAACCAAGGACACACAUACCCCACGUGCCCUAAUCCAAAAACUUUCGUAUUCUGUUACAGCUGUGGCAAAAAAGGAGCCACUACGCGAAGCUGCCAACAGUGUGCCGCUAGAUGGACUCAACUGGCAGCGGCAAACAGAAAACAUCAGUCGGGAAACCAAUAG